GUUCGAGGUUGCGAAAUAGGCUGACCGCCAUAGGGAUGACAUUGUACAACCUGGACUGAGGUCAGGUACAGUGGCGGGCGGAUAAGCCAUCAGCGUGGCAAACAUGAGCAUCCUACAUCUAGUUCUGUUGGCCGGGUACCUCAUCGGCGGUAUCCCCCAAGUCCGCGCUAAUGCCUACCAAGUACAGUGUCUAUCAGAACCAUAUGAUUCUACAGUAUACGCUCGGUCGCGUUAUACCUACACCAGUUACUUGGCAUACGUUGAGUAUCCAGAUGGCAUCCUCUUGAGCACAAAUACCACGAACGACGUGCUUAAACUUGAAUUCCGCUAUGUGGAAUUCGGGCAUGUGUGUUCAACAUCCUACAUUAAAGUGUAUGAAGGUCAAAGCAGGUAUGGGAAGCUGUUGAAGAGGUUCUGUGGAACCAAGGGUCAGGAUAUCCUGAGCACGGGGCAAUAUGUGUUUGUAGAGUACACAAGCGAGCAAACUGACAGACGGUUCCAGCUCAGCUGCCAAAGUAUUCCGGGCCCAUCUGACGCAUCCUCUAAAACUAAGGGCAUCGCCGGAGGCGUUGUUGCAGUCGUGGUUGCUGUAUGCAUCGUUGUAGGCGGUGCUUGCCGUUACAAACGUGGUCCGUUCUCUAGGAAAAAUGGAAACAGGUGCCAUAGAAACAACACACAGCUAGCUGCCACCCCUCCUACCACCAACGUCACCAACAUCAACACACCCGUUGCCCACCCAGCUGACCCAUCAACACACCCAGCGAUGCAGUAUAACUCGUACCCACCGAAUGCGCAGUAUCAGCCUCAGUCCCAGCAUCAGUAUCCACUUCCAAAUCCAUAUCCAGUUCAAGCGGCAAGCCAGUACCAGCCUCAGAACUACAGUCAGGAUCUGUAUCCUCCAGCACAGCCUCAGUCCAAGGGACAGCCUCACUAUCCUUCAGCACAAUCCAAGGGUCAGCCUCACUAUCCUCCAGCACAAUCCAAGGGUCAGCCUCACUAUCCUCCAGCACAGCCUCAGACCCAGGAUCUGCAUCCUCCAUCAGAGACUCCAUAUGCUGCUCAAGGUGCCUUUCCUCAACAGCCUACAGCACCACCUAUGGAUCCCCCCUCCUCCGUAUCCUGGUUCAUGCUGAACCUGAUAUAGACAGACAGUCGCUUUAUUCGGUGAUAUACGGCGUUAUGGCCCAUUUUACAGUUAAUACAUAAUAAUGACAUUACAAUUGUGAAGGGAAAGUCUAAAUUUACACAUGGCUCUUAUCAAAUACUUAUUUUCCAAUGAAACUGAUAUGUAAGCCGCGAAAACAAGGUAUGGCACGUAGAUGGGGUAUAUUGUGAACUUUUAGAAAGAACACUUUUUAAUUACGUUUACGAUUUGCAGUCAGUGUUAUAAUUCAUUGUUUUCUUUGCUUGUGGGAAUCUCUGAGGAGUUUCCUUGUGUCGUAAUUCACUUUGUCUAAUUUUCAUGAAAAGAAAUCACAAAACUUUGUCUAAAAUACAGGGUUUUUUUAUGGUGGAUGAUUAGGGGCCAUCGCUUUCUCGCCUUAAAAUUAAGAGUCGAGAAAGCGAUAUCACGAGACGAGAAAUCGAUAACACGAGACGAGAGAUUAGCAUAACCAUAAACUAUAUUUCUGCCUGUACCUGUGUGUCAGUUUCAUAUAUUGUCCGGAAAGAGAUGCAAGUCUGGAACGCAGUAAGUCUAAGAAUCUUAACCAGGACAACUCAGGAAUUUGACUCACAAGCAUGAGGGAACAAAUCUUCAAAGAGAAUUGCAGCGCCAAAGACGGCGCAAAUAUACCUGAAACGAAACGUCCAAAUGUACUUGCCUAAUACAUUGUGAAUAUAUAACUGAAAUUGUGUAACAACUGGUUUUGUCAUUUACACCACCAUGUCAUAUUUAUUACAAGAAAAUAUUA